GUGAUUCUGAGGAAAAGCAGGUUCAGUUUUGUUAUGAAAAAUUGAAGGUGUAUUACGUAAGCACAGCUCAUCAGGAUGCCCCCGCCUUCACAUGGACGCCGAUUACCUCAGCGAAAAGAGAAAAGAUCUCUCUCCAGAUCCAGAAGUAGUUCAAGGUCACAAUCUGGCUACAGGAAAAAGCUAGAACCAAAGCAUAAGUAUUCUCAGUCGAGAGGACACUACAGAAGUAGGUCAAGGUCACGAUCCAGAUCUAGGACACCAAAGAAACAUCUACCACCAAAGGACAGGAAACCCGAGAAGUACUUGAAACAUGGCAGACGGUCGAGAACUCCAGUGAAACACCGGCCUGUGAACCAUGGGAAAGGAGUGCCACUGACAAGGGGCAAUGACCUUCCACGACGGAAGGAGCCUUAUCGUUCCUGUACACGGUCAUAUUCCAGAUCUCCAUCACGCUCACCAUCUACGAAGUAUGGGAAAAACAGGAAAAGACACGACUUUUCCCCGAGUGAUGACAGUCGUUCGCGUAGUCGUUCUCCUGGCAGAGGUCCCAUGGUCCAUUACAACAAGGAGACUGAUUCGUACACAACAACUAGUCGCUACUCUGAUCAUCACUCCCUGCAUCACAGAGGGUCCGGGAAACCUGGGAGCUACACAGAUACGGACAUGCGUGGUCAUAGAUACGGGGUGACAAACACAGCUGACAGCUCCUACAGCUGCCCGCCCGCAGAGGCUAAAAAACUGUUGACUGACCGUUUUAAGGAUGAUAGUAUUCCUCCAGUGGAAAUCGAAGAGAACAUUACCAUUGGUAUUCACAGGAAGCUGAGUUCUCGGGCUCACGUUUCAAAUAUUAUUAUUAGGGAGUUUAACUCCAUGACGGACUUCAAAAUGCUGCGCCGCAGCAACGAAGGAAGGCGUCCAAUGUUUGACCGCGAGGAAGUGAAGAAAUUCCGUUGGGAUGAUAAGCUGGAAGACGAAGUGUUUCCCGUGGAAGAGAGGCGUGUGAUCACAAUGUCGAGCUCAUCCAAGGUCGGAAGUGACCCAAUUUUCACAAGGACAGGCUCGUCGCCUCCCCGAGAUAUGGAUUAUCGGCAGCCUCGAGGAAGAGGGUGGAGGGAUUUUGACCGACAUGUGGGUGGGGAAGAAGAUUACAAUAGGAGGAGCGGGGAUGACUAUGAUCGCAGAGAAUUCGACAAGCCUCGAGUCCAGCCAGAGGUCAGGCUUGACCCUCGACCUGACCCUCGCUAUGAACAUGUAUACAGACAGCAUGAGUACGAAGAGAAGGCACAGCAAAUGGACGAUCUCAAGUUAGAGAAGAUACAGAGAAAUCCCAACGACCUGCGGCACAACCUGCUGAAGAAACAUGAUCGGCAGGUAGAGGAAUCAGAUAGUGCUAAAUACCCAGUGAAGAGCCGCAGAGGACUUAAAGAAGACCGAAGUCAACAGUUAUCUCGUUCACCAGUUAGGUUUAGUAUGUCUCCUGGAAAAGGCCGUAGUCUUUCACGAUCAAGGUCACGUUCCAGAUCAAGAGGUCAUUCCCAUGGUAACAGCCGUUCACCAGAAAGAGGGCGUGAUAAGUAUAGAGGUCGCAGUGCAGACAGGUCACGGAUCAAUCUUUCCCACUCAGGUGAUAGGUAUAAGAGUGACAAGUCCUACCCCAGACAUCGUGAUGACAUGACCUGGAAAGAGCGUGUUGACCUUGCCAACAAAGGUCACUCACAUUUGAUGCAUUCCCCAAGAGGGAGGGGCCAAGGGUUUAGAGGGCGUGGCUUUGUUAGGGGGUUUGGACGUGGCAACUUCAGGCCUGUUGGUGAACAUGACAACCGUGAUCGUGUGGAUUACCAAGGCAGGGGUGGGUAUCGGGGUGGCUUCAGUUUCCGUGGUCGUGGGAGAGCUGGGAGGAUCUUCAGAGGAGGGUUCCGAGGGCGGGGGUUCCAUGAUCGAGGAGGAUUCAGAGGUCGAGGGUUCCGGCCAGACUACAACAAGCCACACACGUACAAACCGGGAUUCAAGUCUGGUGGCUUUUCAAGCAGCUCCAACUCUCACGGCACCUGGAAACAUGAUAUGUAUGACAAACUGGAGAACUCUCGAGAGGACGACCAGAAACCAUCCAGCACGACAGAGAACACUGACAAGUAGUGAGUCACUAAACGAUGAGGGGAUGGAUCUAGGACAAGUGGAAGCUGGCUGAGAUAACCAGGCCGAAGGAGAUAUCGUAGGCAAGGUGUGAUGUGGAGGCGUCUGUGUAGGACUAUGUUCAAGAAGUAUAUCAAGUUGGGAUGAUACAAGAAUAGGUGCUCUCAUGAUUAAGUGGACAUCAGGCGUUCUCAUGAUGAA